CACCCUUUAUCUCCACGCUAUACCCAAACAGGAGCACCAAUACCAAGAUAAGAUAAAAUCACAUGAUUAUAAAUCACUCCUCCACCGCCUACCGCAUUUAGAACUUUCGCAUAUCCAUCUGAUAUCCAUCUUCCAUCAACCAGAUCCAAAGCACUCAAUACAGCCGAACCACCCCCAAACCCAGCAUUACGAGAACAUAUCAAACCCAACAAAACAAGAAAUGUCCGGCCAAACCCCCGCCUCAGUCUCCUCCGACACGUCCUUCCGCAAAACCUGGGACCGCACCGAAUACGCCAAAAAAGCAGCGGACGAAGAAAGCAAGCGCAAAGAAGAGUCCAAAGCGCGCUACGAAGCCAAACUCCUCGGCAAAAAAUGGCACGCGCCAGUCGACUACAGUUCGCUUGAGGCGACGACAUCGCGGAAACAGCGGUUAGAUGUUGCGUCGAUGGUGGGCAAGACGACGAUUGUGUCGUCCGGGUCGGCGGUGGGCAAGAAGGGUCGCGGAGCCGGAUUCUACUGCUCAGACUGUGAUCUUACGUUCAAGGAUAAUUUGCAGCUGGUGGAGCAUUUGAAUAGCAAGCAGCAUUUGAUUGCGACCGGGCAGAGUGGGGAGGUGACGAGGGCUACUGUUCAGGAUGUGAGGCAGCGGUUAAGGAUGCUGUCGCAUCAGAAGCGGGUGAGGGAGGAAGAGGAGCGGAGGGCUUGGCAGCUUGAUUUGGGGGCUAGGCUUAAGGAGAGGGAGGAGCAGGAGGCGAAGGAACGGGAGGAGAAAAGGAGGAAGAGGAAUGAGAAGCGGCGGAAGGGUGGAGAUGUGAAACAGGAAGAUGACAGUUGGGAGGGUCGAUUGGGAAUCAUUGCAUGAAGAAAGGCUUUUUUUUUGUUUCUGGGAUGUACUGGCUUAUACAUGGACGGGUGCUUUAUGAUCGAUAAAAGUUGCAGUAUACCCACGGCGUUUCUAAUUUGUACUUGGCAAUUUAUAGUUGACCAAUUAAUUGGAUCCAAAAUUAA